AUCACCGCACGCUUGAACUGUCAAAUCGUGCGUCGAGUUUUUUUUUGUUGGCUGACUGCUCCAGUGCGUUUGAAAACUCAAUCGAAGAAAAACAAAACAUUUCCCACAGCCAUUCGCGUAUCAACGCUCUCUGCCUCGGAUGCGACGCAAGUAAAGCAUGAACAUACCGCUGAAGGUUGUGGUGCGCCUGUGGUCUGACCAGUCGGCGGACAAUAAAACGUGCAACCGUACCAGCGAUGAACAGCAGCACCAGCAGCAGGAAGAAGAUGACCACCAGCUUAAAAGUGGCGGCGGGCGAACGUUCCGCUUUUCACACGUAUACCGCACCCCGGUCAGCAACCAGCUGCUGUACUUUGAAUCCGUGGCCGGGCUGAUGGAGUCCGUGCUGGAGGGGUACGACUUCUCCAUCGUCACGUACGGUGCGAAGGGCACGGGCAAAACGUACACCCUUUACGGUGGUGGCCCGAACGGUAGCACGACCACCCACCAGGACGACGGGAUCGUGCUGUGCUUCGUGCGGGAUCUGUUCUGCCGCCUGAAUGCGCACCCGGACCGUAUGUUUUCGAUCAGCAUUGCGUGGAGCGAAAUUACUGCCAGCGGGGAUGUGAUCGAUGUGCUGGAAAAUGCGGCCAUGGUACAGUGCUUCUCGGUGGAGGACACGUACGCCCUGCUGGGAUUGGGACUGCACCGACGCAACGGGGAAAAUCACAGUAUUCUUAGCUUAGUGCUCGAGCAACAGUGGACAUCGGUCGGUGGGAUGAACCAGCACCGACAAUCGACAAUCAGUUUCUGCGAUUUGCGUGGUGCUGAGCGGGAACCGGUCGAGGGCGAUCUGGUCCCAAUCGAUGGAGGUUUACGCAAGCUGGAAGAUAUCGUGGUUAGACGUAACGAUCGGUACAACGAUUCGGUGUUGACCGCUUUUCUGAAAGAUUCUUUCGGUGGUCGGGCACAAACGUUGCUGCUCCUGUGUGUGGCAUCGUGCGCGUUAGAGUCGGACAGUACCGUGCGCGAUCUGGAAUUUGGCGAACGGGCGGAGGAAAUCGUGAAUCACGUCGUAAUGAACACGUUUUCGGACAAUAAUGUACCGAUCGUGGCGCUUGGCGAGCCCGAUCCGCUUUCCGCCGGACCGAACAACAACAUCGACGGGCUGUACUUUGCCUCCCAGCAGUGGGCCAAACUGCUGAAGAACGCCGAGUGUCUGUUCACGAAGCUGUUCAGCACGUGUGAGCUGAGCCAGACGGAGCGGAGCCAGAUCGAGGAAUGGUUGUACCUGAAGGCGGAAUGUGACGAUUGCUUUAGCUCGACCGACAUCAGCAUACCGACCGGUGGUGCGCCGCCCGUCCGUGCCUGUCUUGGCCCGAUCGAGGAGAUCGAUGAAGCCGAAGACGCUGCUACGGUGCACGGUGGCGGCAGCAGCAGCAACAAGGAACCGUACCAAUCGGACAACGAAAGCGAUUCCGACAUCUGUACGCACCUGACGGACGUUAGCGAUCGUAUCCAGAGCUACAUCAAGACGUUCCAAACGAAAACCAACAGUCUGAUCAUGGAAAAGUAUCAGGACUUUUUCCAAACCCAUCCGACCGGUAUGCAGGCACUGGAGUCGGCUGACCACGACCGGAAGAUGGUCACCGACGGCAACAACUUUCACAAUCCCACCCGAAGGAAAUCGAUCUUCGACGGGGAAACGGUCAGCAGUACCGAGCUGCUACCGUUAAUGCUGCCCCUGAAAAGCGACUCGCUCCCGCCGGCACCGUCCCUGCUGGACAAAAAGCUGGACACGCUGAACAGCAAUCUGCGCAUUUGUCAAACCAGCAUCGAAUCGUUACACGCACAGAUCGAAGAAAUCCGUCGCACAAUCGCGCUGAAGCAGAAGUACAUUACGGAUCUGAUCGAGCACAGUGAAACGCGCUCGGUGGCCAAGUCACGGUUCAGCAAGAAAAAGCACAAGCUCGAGGCGGAGUACGAGAAGGCGAAAAAGCACCUCCGGAAGGCGGUUGUGAAUGGGACGAACAGGGAGGAAAUCAAUCGGCUCAAGGGCCAAACAUCACAGCUCGAGCAGCGGCUGAAGGAUCUCGAGUCGAUCGGUUUCAUUGCCGGUGAAUCGGGCCACAAGCGGAAAAAGCUGCAGCAAUCCAUCAAGGACUCGCAGAAGCAGCUGGACGCGCUGCAGCGCAUGCUGAAGAAGGAGCUCGACCGCAAGGAAACGCUCGAGAAGGAGCUGGAAGCGGUACAGAAGGAAGCGCGUGCCGGGCGUACGAACAGCGGUGGACUGCAGGAGCUGACCGAGAGCAAAAGCAAGAUACGCAACAUGAACGAGCGCAUCUCGCACAUCGAGCACGUGCUGAAGGAAAAGUCCAGCAAUCUGAAGCGGUACGUGAACAAGAAGAGUGCCGAGAAGGAGUCGCUCCGCUGCGAGAUACGCAACCUGCGUCGGACGCGCGAUCAUCUGGUCGAGCAGCGGUGCCAGCUGGACCGGAAGCUCCGGGAAGACAAGAUGCCCUCGUUCGACGAGGAGCGCAAGCUGGUCGAGUGUGACGAAGCGAUCGAAGCGAUCGAUGCGGCGAUCGAGAUGAAGAACGAGCUGAUCUGCGGCCGGAAGAGCAUCGACACGGACGAAAGCUUGCAGCGCGAGAAGGGCGAACAGAUGCUGAUGGCGCGCCUGAACAAGCUGUCGCUGGACGAGAUGCGCACGCUGCUGUACAAAUACUUCCAGAAGGUGGUCGAUCUGAAGGAGGCGAGCCGCAAGCUGGAGCUACAGUUCAUUGCGCUCGAGCGGGAAAAGGAUGCCUGGGAGUGGCAGGAGAAGAUCCUUACCAACACGAUCCGGCAGACGCGGCUCGAGAAGGAGCGGUCGAUCGUAGCGCUGCAGAAGCAGCACGAAACGAAGCUGAACCUGAUGCUGCGCCACUUCGCCGCCGACACGUCCGCGUCGAUCUCAAGCACCAUACCGGACAGUGUGCUGCCGCCGUACCACCACACGCAGACGGAGUUUGUGCUCGGUUCCGGAUCGGCCCGCUACCACCAUCACCAUCAUCACGUACAGUACGAAGAAUCGGACGGUGGUACAACCAGCGGCGAACCUCAGCUACUGACCGGCCACAGCUCCAAGCAGUUGGCACACUACAAAGCUACUAGCACCAUGCCUUCACCGUCAACCGGCCCGGCCGGUGUUGUGCGGGGGGGCCACACGUCCAAUUCAGCACUCACGCAGCAUCAUCAGCGUACCGGUGGCGCGGGUUCAGCCCCCGGCCAAACUCCUCUGGUAGCGAUCGCGGAGAAGGAGCAUCGGCCGAAGAGUAAGCUGUUCUCGAAGCUACAGGUCCUGUCCCGCUAUCACGGGAGCGAUAAGCGGAAAAUCUUCCAAUCCGACAUUCCGCAGCAAAAUCUCAAACAGCUACAGGGCGCAUCCCGACCAUCGCUCACGAAGGUGACCCGGGAGAAGAACAAAAUUAUCAUCCAGAGUGAUGGUGGUGGGGGCGGCGGAGGAGGAGGAGGUGGAGGAGGAGGUGGCAAAUAGAAGCGAGCUAAAGUAUUCAGUGCACCGUAGCAAGUACAUUAGUAAUGUGGAAAUCUCCACCAGAGAGCUCUCUACCUGUUGCUGUAAAGGAGAGAUAGUCGCGAACCCAGAUGUAUCUACAGCGUGGCGUUUCACGCAUUUCAUUGUCGGUGUUUUUUCGUGUAGAUGUGGAUGUUGGUUAACGUGGUAGAAUUUCUGCAGCUUGUGAUUGAUAUAUAGAUGCAUGCAUUCUCCCACAGCGUAUCCCUUCCUGCAUGCAGUAUACAACCGUAUUCGAGAUGAACAGUUUGAUUGUAUGUUUCCUGUGGUCAAUAAAGUGUCCCUGAAAGCGUA